CCCAGCCAAUCAGUAGCAUUAGUCUGGUUGGACGCUCUCUUUGCUUUUCCCCACGAGUGACCACGGCUAGAUAGGCCGCCGGCCAGAUGUGGCGGGGGAGAGCCGGGGCUUUGCUCCGGGUGUGGGGGUUUUGGCCGACAGGGGUUCCCAGAAGGAGACCGCUAAGCUGCGAUGCUGCGUCGCAGGCGGCAAGCAAUUAUCCCAGCUGUUGGAACUGCGGCGGCCCAUGGGGCCCCGGGCGGGAGGACAGGUUCUUCUGCCCACAGUGCCGAGCGCUGCAGGCACCUGACCCCACUCGAGACUACUUCAGCCUUAUGGACUGCAACCGUUCCUUCAGAGUUGAUACUGUGAAGCUCCAGCACAGGUACCAGCAACUGCAGCGUCUUGUCCACCCAGAUUUCUUCAGCCAGAGGUCUCAGACUGAAAAGGACUUCUCAGAGAAGCAUUCGACCCUGGUGAAUGAUGCCUAUAAGACCCUCCUGGCUCCACUGAGCAGAGGACUGUACCUUCUAAAGCUCCAUGGAAUAGAGAUUCCUGAAAGGACAGAUUAUGAAAUGGACAGGCAAUUCCUCAUGGAAAUAAUGGAAAUCAAUGAAAAACUCGCAGAAGCUGAAAGUGAAGCUGCCAUGAAAGAGAUUGAAUCCAUUGUCAAAGGUGUGAUGGCUUAUGCCUGUAAUCCAAGCACUUUGGGAAGCUGAAGUGGAAGGAUCACUUGAGCCCAGGAGUUCAAGACUAGCCUGGUCAACAUAGCAAGACCCCAUCUCCAUAAAAAAUUUAAAAAUUUUUUAUUUAAAUUGACCAGGUGUGAUGGCUUACGCCUGUAAUCCAAGCACUUUGAGAAGCUGAAGUGGAAGGAUCACUUGAGCCCAGGAGUUCAAGACUAGCCUGGUCAACAUAGCAAGACCCCAUCUCCAUAAAAAAUUUAAAAAUUAACCAGAUAUGGUGGCUCAUGCCUAUACUCCCAGCUACUCGAGAGGCUGAAGCAGAAGGAUCACUUGAGCCAGGAGGUGGAGACUGCAGUGAACCGUGUUUACACUAUUGCACUCCAGCUUCAGCAACAGAGCGAAAACACGUCUCAAAAAAAAAAACAAAAAAACUUUUAAGUGGCUUCUCACUGCUCUAAAACUCUUUAGCAUCCCUUACAGGCCCUGGAUGCCGUGGCCUCUGCUUCUCUCUGUUUUGCCUUCUCCACUCCAGCCACAAUGACCACUUCCAGUUCCUCAUCUAUACUGGGCACCCUCCUACCCUAGGGCCUGUUGCUUCUGCCUGAAACCCUCCUCUCCUCCACCCCAUUUAAGUUAACCCCUCCUUCUUCAGAUCUGAAGGCAAUCAUCACUUCCUCAGAGAAGCCCUUUUUAAGCUAUCUAUUAGUAGCGGCUAUUUCUUUUGUAGGACUAAUCACAGUUAUAACUUUACUGUUCUAUGUGACAUUAAUUGAUCAAUAUCAGCCUCCCUCAUUAGACUGGAAGUUCUGCAGGAGAAAUCAUGUCUACUUUUUGCUUCCCUCACAUCCUCAGCUCACAGAAAAGUACUUAUAGUUUAAAAGGAACUUGGUAAGUAUUUACUAAAUGAGCAAACAAUAAUGAGAAAAGACGUUUAAAGCAGUAAUAUAGAAUUUGUGGUGAGGGGACUGUCAGCUGGAGAUACGUUGACAGCAUUAGGGCUGGGUUAUAGAGAUAAGAGAAACUCAGGAUUUGCAGUCAGUGGGCUCAGCUGCCCAAUUUUAGAUAGCAGGGCAGCAUGAAGGUCUGGAGUGAGAGCAGCGUGCUACUGACUUUGUGUGACCUUGAACAAAUGACUUCAUUUCUCUAAGCCUCAAUUUCCUCAUCUGUAAAUGGAGAUAAUAUUAGUACUGGUUGUUGUGGGGAUCAAGUUAAAUGAGAUAAAGCAUGUAAAAGCAUGUAUUUUAGGCCAGGUGUGGUGGCUUAUGCCUAUAAUCCCAUUACUUUGGGAGGCUGAGAUGGGCAGAUUACCUAAGGUCAGGAGUUCAAGACCACCCUGACCAACAUGGCAAAACCCUGUCUGUACUAAAAAUACAAAAUUAGCCAGGCAUGGUGGCGCACACCUAUAAUCCCAGCAACUUCAGAGGCUGAGGCAGGAGAAUUGCUUGAACCCAGGAGGCAGAGGUUGCAGUGAGCCGAAAUCGCACCAUUGCACUACAGCCUGGGCAACAAGAGCGAAACUCCGUCUCAAAAAAAAAAAAAACACUUAUUCUAGCCCUGUAGUAAACAUUUGACUUUGAGCAGCUCACUGACCUUAAUUUAGGUUAAUUCCUAAAUUUUCUCCUACCAGGUAUCUGCUAUGGCCCAGGUAAAAUGAAUGUUCAAGGGCAUAGAGCUAGUUAAUUUUAGGGUCAGGGCUUAAGAACCUCCAGGUUCCUAGUCUGUUGUUCUUUUGUGGACACCACACUGCUACCUGAGAGAUGAGUUUCAAACACCGGACUGGGAAUCAAGUGACUUGGAUUCUGUUCCCAGCUCUUCCACUCAUCAUCCAUGGGACAAUUCCCCUAAUACCUGUCAUUUCCUACCUUAGGGAUAUAAUGUAUUUGACAGUGCUUCGAAAGACGACACCGUAUAAAUGACUGACACUAUUUAUAUCUGGAAAAUGAGAUUACUGGAAAAUUCCUCAUUUUCUAACAAGGAAACAAGAAAUAUGAGAUAGCUGCUGCUUUAUUUUGUUUGGCAUCUUCUCUCUUAUGACACAACAGGAUGUAAAUGUUUUCAUUUUCCUGAGAGGCUAUACAGUUUGCAAGUGGUUGCCGGAAACACUCAGUAAUGCUUUACUGAUAGGUGUUCCCAGCAUGUUAAUGUUCACCUUGCUGAAAUGUCGAAGACCCAAACUGUUUCGUGGGUAUAAUCAAAGUAUAUCCUUGUUUGUUUGUUUGUUUGUUUGUUUUACUGAUUCUAUAGCCAUUUUAUAAGCCUUGGUGAUUGCUCCUUAGACCUUUCAUGGGUAGAAAAACAGUGUUAUUAGGGUCAACCAGAGUUGUGCUAAACAGCAGCUGCCAUCAUGGUACACACAGAGACAAAGGUUAUGAAGCCUUACCCUUGAAUACAAACUUCCUCCUUUGUUGUGUUCAAACCAGCAUGAUUACAAAGUUUAAGUAUUGUCUUCAUAUUAUGAGUCUGUUUCAAUGGAAAAAUUAACAGAAUGGUUU